AUGUCACAAUUAUUCGACAACACUACACAAAAGAUGGAGAAUUUUGUUGAAAAGGAAUUUGUUCAAAUCCAGUCCUCAGGAAAAACUCCAGAACGCAAAAGUGGAAAAUUCACUGAAGUGCUUGUCAACCUCCCUGAAGCUGAAAAACUUUUUGAAGAGCAGAAGGGCUUUAUUACUCCCAAACGGGAUGUCAACUAUAAACGACGUGAUUCAUUUUUGGAUUCUUCAUUUGUCUCAUCACUUGUUUCGCCUGAUACAUUAAAGUGUAAUUUGCAAGCAACAAAUAUUAUCAGUACAACAAAAACGGGAAGACUUGAACCAGUUGAUGAAGAAAAGAAGAAUGAGUGUGGUACUUCUUUAAGCUUUAAAUGA